CCAGCCGGGUUCUGGCGGGCGCCUUCACCCGGGCGGCGCGGGAGGCGCGGCCCCGCUCCAGCAGUCCUGCCGCCGUCCGCGCGGGCCGGCCGCCCCCUCGGGGCCCCUGGGCCUCGAGCCCGCGGCUCUGGGGGGCGGACUGGUACUCCUGGGCUCCGCCUGCCGCGCGGGGGUUCGAGGACGUCUCCCGCCGGGCGCCGAGCCGCGGAGUCCCGCACGGCACGUCCCGCUCCAGAGGCCAGGCCCGGUGCGCGCUGGGGCCACGACGGUGGCCGAGCUCGGGGGUCCCCGCAGGCCGCGCUACUGGGCAGCGCCGUGUGGCGCGUGGAGCGUGCGGGCGUCGGGGGUUGGCGCUGGGAGCGCGCCGUCGGUGUGGACUGCAGCGCCCCGGAGCCGCGCUGCCUCUGGCUGCCCUGUCUGAGCCACAGCGACCGCCGAGCACUCGGGCUGCGUCCGGCCAGGCUUCCACUGGGCCCACGAGAUGGGUGCUCUUCUGGACGCCCCCUCCCCUGGCAGGGGCCCAGGACACUGCUGCUGCGCAAAAAUCUCCAGGAUGGCUUUGGUUUCACCCUGCGUCACUUCAUUGUGUACCCACCCGAGUCAGCCGUGCACUGCAGCCUGAAGGACCCUCCCCCCGGCACCGCCUGGAGCCCAUGGACACCAUCUUUGUGAAGAAUGUGAAGGAUGGUGGCCCCGCCCAUAGGGCAGGGCUUCGCACAGGAGACCGGCUGGUGAAGGUGAAUGGGGAGAGCAUCAUUGGGAAGACAUACUCCCAAGUCAUAGGUCUGAUCCAGAACAGUGAUGACACCCUGGAGCUCUCCAUCAUGCCCAAGGAUGAGGACAUCCUCCAGCUGGCCUACUCCCAGGAUGCCUACCUGAAGGGCAACGAGCCGUAUUCUGGAGAGGCCCGCAGCAUCCCAGAACCACCUCCACUCUGCUACCCACGGAAGACCUAUGCCCCGCCAGCCCGGGCCUCUGCCUGGGCCACUAUGGUGCCUGAGCCUGUCUCAGCACUACCCACGGAUCCCCGGAGUCCUGCUGCCUGGAGUGACCCAGGGGCCUGUGUCCCAUCUGCCACCCGUGCCCACCUGGACAACUCUUUAUUGGGGAUGAGCCAGCCCCGCCCAAGCCCUGGUGCCUUUCCCCACCUCCCUUCAGAGUCCCGGACGCCCCGUGCCUUCCCAGAGCCCGGCAGCCGGGUGCUUCCCAGCAGACUGGAGUGCCAGCAGGCUCUGUCACACUGGCUGUCAAAUCAAAUACCCCGCAGGGCGGGGGAGAGACGGUGCCCAGCCAUGCCACCACGGGCCCGCAGUGCCUCCCAGGACCGGCUGGAGGAUGUGACUACCCACCACCCAUGGCCCUGCUCCACCUCCCAGGAUGCCUUGAGCCAGCUGGGCCAGGAGGGUUGGCACCGAGCUCGCUCAGACGAUUACCUGAGCCGGGCUACCCGCUCUGCUGAAGCACUGGGGCCAGGAGCACUGGUGUCACCUCGCCUUGAACGCUGUGGUUGGGCUCCCCAGCGUCCAUCUGCCCGCACCUCUGCUUGUCCUUCUCGGGACCUGUCAGGGCCCCAGGCCCCUCCUUCAUCUGGCCUGCAGGGUCUGGACGACAUCGGGUACAUUGGGUAUCGGAGCUAUAGCCCAUCAUUCCAGCGCCGGACUGGUCUCCUGCAUGCGCUUUCCUUCCGGGACUCACCUUUUGGAGGACUUCCCUCCUUCAACUUGGCCCAAUCUCCUGCACCAUUCCCACCGGAGGCCUCUGAACCACCUAGAGUCGUCCGGCCAGAACCUAGCACCCGAACCCUGGAGCCUCCUGCAGAGGAUCACCGUGAUGAGGUGGUCCUGAGGCAGAAGCCUCCAACGGGUCGCAAGGUCCAGCUGACCCCUGCAAGACAGAUGAACCUUGGAUUUGGUGAUGAGUCCCCAGAGCCAGAGGCCAGAGGAGAACGCCCAGGCAGGAAAGUGGCCCCUUUGGCCACUACAGAAGACUCUCUGGCUUCUAUCCCCUUCAUUGAUGAGCCCACCAGCCCCAGCAUUGACCUCCAAGCCAAGCAUGUCCCUGCCUCUGCCGUGGUCUCCAGUGCUAUGAACUCAGCCCCUGUUCUGGGCACCAGCCCAUCCUCACCAACCUUCACCUUUGCCCUCAGCCGCCAUUACUCCCAGGACUGCAGCAGCAUCAAGGCAGGCCGCCGCUCCUCCUACCUUCUGGCCAUCACCACAGAGCGUUCCAAGUCCUGUGAUGACGGACUCAACACCUUCCGGGAUGAGGGCCGAGUGCUCCGGCGCCUUCCCAACCGGGUCCCCAGCCUACGGAUGCUGCGGAGCUUCUUCACCGAUGGGUCUCUAGAUAGCUGGGGCACCUCUGAAGAUGCUGAUGCCCCCUCUAAGCGACACUCAACCUCUGAUCUCUCAGAUGCAACCUUCAGUGACAUCAGGAGAGAAGGCUGGUUGUAUUAUAAGCAGAUCCUCACCAAGAAGGGGAAGAAAGCGGGCGGCGGCCUGCGCCAGUGGAAGCGUGUCUAUGCUGUGCUGCGGGCACGCUCGCUCUCGUUGAGCAAGGAGCGGAGGGAGCCCGGGCCGGCGGCUGCGGGGGCUGCGGCGGCCGGCGCAGGUGAGGACGAGGCAGCGCCCGUCUGCAUCGGCUCCUGCCUGGUGGACAUCUCCUACAGCGAGACCAAGAGGAGGCACGUGUUCCGGCUGACCACCGCUGACUUCUGUGAAUAUCUCUUUCAGGCUGAGGAUCGGGAUGACAUGCUGGGCUGGAUCAGAGCGAUCCGGGAGAACAGCAGGGCCGAGGGCGAGGACCCCGGCUGUGCCAAUCAAGCUCUGAUCAGCAAGAAGCUUAAUGAUUAUCGAAAAGUGAGCCAUAGCUCUGGGCCCAAAGCCGAUUCCUCCCCUAAAGGCUCUCGGGGCCUGGGAGGCCUCAAGUCUGAAUUCCUCAAGCAGACUGCAGUCCGCGGCCUCAGGACUCAGGACCAGCCUGCAGGAAGCAAGGAAGACAGUGCUGCAGCUCCCAGAACCCCCUGGGGUAUCAACAUUAUCAAGAAGAACAAGAAGGCUGCCCCAAGGGCAUUUGGGAUCAGGUUGGAGGAGUGCCAGCCUGCCACUGAGAACCAGCGUGUCCCCCUGAUUGUGGCUGCCUGUUGUCGUAUUGUGGAGGCACGGGGGUUAGAAUCCACUGGCAUUUACCGGGUACCUGGCAACAACGCAGUGGUGUCUAGCCUGCAGGAGCAGCUCAACCGUGGGCCCAGUGACAUCAACCUGCAGGACGAGCGCUGGCAGGACCUCAACGUGAUCAGCAGCCUGCUCAAGGCUUUCUUCCGCAAGCUGCCGGAGCCGCUCUUCACUGAUGACAAAUACAAUGACUUCAUCGAGGCCAAUCGGAUAGAAGACUCAAGAGAGAGGAUGAAGACACUGCGGAAGCUGAUCCGGGAUCUCCCAGGACACUACUAUGAAACGCUUAAAUUCCUUGUGGGUCAUCUCAAGACCAUUGCUGACCACUCAGAGAAAAACAAGAUGGAGCCCCGGAACCUGGCUCUGGUCUUUGGGCCAACGUUGGUAAGGACAUCUGAAGACAACAUGACAGACAUGGUGACCCACAUGCCAGACCGCUACAAAAUCGUGGAGACACUGAUCCAGCAUUCAGACUGGUUCUUCAGUGAUGACGAGGACAAAGGAGAGAGAACCCCUGUUGAUGACAAGGAGCCACAGUCAGUGCCCAACAUCGAGUACCUCCUGCCUAACAUUGGCAGGACAAUGCCCCCCAGUGAUCCAGGCUCAGAUUCCACCACCUGUAGUUCAGCCAAGUCCAAGGGUUCGUUGGUUUCCAAGAAAGAGCCUUACGCCCGGGAGAUGCUGGCGAUCUCCUUCAUCUCUGCGGUCAACCGCAAACGGAAAAAGCGGCGGGAGGCGCGGGGCCUGGGCAGCAGCACCGAUGAUGACUCCGAGCAGGAGGCACACAAGGCUGCGGCGGGGACGCAGGAGCCACCCGAGGAGCAGCUGCCGGGCCCCACAGCUGUGGAGGCCCCGGGUCGCCUCAGCCCCCCGACGGCACCCGACGAGCGGCCCGCGGCGGACACGCGCUCCAUCGUCUCGGGCUACUCCACCCUGUCCACCAUGGACCGAAGCGUGUGCUCGGGCACCGGCGGGCGGCGCGCGGGCGCGGGCGACGAGGCAGACGACGAGCGCAGCGAGCUGAGCCACGUGGAGACGGACACGGAGGGCAGCGCGGGCCCCGGGGGGCGUCUGGCGCGCCGGCCGUCCUUCAGCUCACACCAUCUUAUGCCGUGCGACACGCUGGCGCGCCGUCGCCUGUCUCGCAGCCGCGCGGAUGGAGAGAGUCCGGGCGCGGGCACGGCCCGGGCGGGUCCCCGCGGUCCCGAGCCGCUGGGCUCGGCGUCGUCCAGCAGCCAGGAGUCGCUGCGGCCCCCAGCGGCCGCCUCGGCGCUCGGAUCACGACCCUCGCGCGUGGAAGCCCUGCGGCUGCGUCUCCGCGGCACCGCCGACGACAUGCUGGCGGUGCGGCUUCGGCGCCCGCUGUCGCCUGAAACCCGGCGACGCCGGAGCAGCUGGCGCCGCCACACGGUGGUGGUGCAGAGCCCGCUGACCGACCUCAACUUCAACGAGUGGAAGGAGCUGGGCGGAGGGGGCGCCCCGGAGCCAGCCGGCGCUCGACCGCACAGCGACAACAAGGACUCUGGCCUCAGCAGCCUGGAGUCCACCAAGGCACGGGCUUCAUCCGCCGCCUCGCUGCCAUCGGGGGACCUAGGGAACCUACAGGGACUGCCCACGCGCCGCUCGACUGCCGCCCGCCUCCACCAGUGUCUGUGACACCCUCCCCUAUCCGGGUAUCGAGUGAGGAGGAGAGAGGGCGGUGCUGGUGCCUCCGGCUGGAGUUUGAUGUGAUGGGCAGAAGGGGGAGUCUUCAGGAGAGGGAAGGGGCUGCUGGGGUUCAUGUCCCUUGGAUAAAGGACUGAGUGG